CCGGACUACAGAUGAAGCUAUAAGCAUUGUUCUGUUUUGUUCGAAUAUAACACCGCAAACGAGCAAAAAGCCACUGGUGAAUCACAUAGUCCUAAGAAAGCCUCCUAAAAACUCCCUUCUCCUCGAAAAAUGGAGAGGCUGAUUGUAUCCAUAGACCAAGGCACUAGCAGCUCAAGAGUGCUCGUUUUCUCUACCACAACUGGAGAAGUAGUCGCCUCACAUCAAGUCCCUGUGACACCAACAUAUCCAUCCUCCGGCUGGAUCGAACUGGACGCGAAUCAACUCUAUGACACAACUCUAAGCUGUCUCAACGAAUGUACCAAGCAAUUAACUGCGAAGAAACGCUCAGUUGAUGAUGUGGCUGGAAUCGGUGUGACGAAUCAAAGAGAGACCACAAUUGUUUGGGAUCAGUCUACUGGAAAACCGCUCGCUCCGGCGAUAGUCUGGUCCGAUGCUCGGACUGCCGACUUGGUAAAACGCUUUAUAGAUCGCACUCCUGGGAAGAACGUCAACGCAUUUCAGCGAAAAACAGGAUUACCCAUUCAUAGCUACUUUUCGGUUCUCAAGCUUUGUUGGUUAUUGGAAAACAGUACAGCUGUCUCGGUGGCUGCUCGCGCCGGUCGAUUGCUGGCAGGCACCGUGGACACCUGGCUUAUCUGGCGACUGACAAACGGUCAAAGUCAUGUGACAGACGUAACCAACGCCAGUCGUACGCUACUAUUCAAUCUGCAGACCCUGGACUGGGACCCCGAACUAUGCAAGUUCUUUGGAAUUGACUCCGCCAUCCUACCACGGAUUACUUCUUCGGCAGAAGUUGUGGGCAUCGUUUCAGACCCUGAAUGUGCCUUGAAAGAUGUGAAGAUCUGCGGCAUCCUAGGUGAUCAACAAGCCUCUCUGGUUGCACAGACAUGGGCAACGUCGCCCACAAUGUCUUUCGGCCCUACGGUGAAGGUUACAUAUGGCACGGGUGCAUUCAUGUUAUGGGAUAUCGGAACAGCUCCGUUCUUCUCCGACAACGGGAUCCUCACAACCGUGGCAUUUAAGAUGGGUGCACAAAACCAAGUUCAUUAUGCACUUGAGGGCUCGGUUGCGUUUGCUGGAGCUACAGUAAACUGGCUCAAAUCCAAAAUGAAAAUGUUCACUGAUUACAAGGAGCUAGAGUCACUCGCCCAGCGUGCGUACGAGAAAACGGAAGAAACUGGUUCGGAUCCUUGUUAUCUUGUUCCGGCAUUUUCCGGUCUUUUAUGUCCAUGGUGGCAAGAAAAUGCUCGAGCUGUGCUCGCUGGUCUAACAGCCGAUGUGGAAAAUGGUGAUAUGAUCCUGGCCGCAAUACGUUCCUCAGUCUAUCAGACAUACGAUGUGCUACGUGUGGCUACCUUGGCGUCAGGGGGUACCAGAUCCGGCGCAACGUUGACUAAACCCCGUGAAAUUGUAGUUGAUGGAGGUUUAGCUAAAAGCUCGGUUUUGAUGCAAAGUUUGGCUGAUAUACUGGACAUGAUUGUUCGCCGGCACAACCACUCCGAGAUGAUGACCGCCCUGGGUGCGGCGGUGGCAGCCGCCUUAGCCGUCCAGAUAGAUCCAACAGGUUUGCUGAAACUUCGUCUUCACCCUUUGUCAGAAAGUGGGACCAAACAUACCUUCUCGUCCAGGCUAGGCCCACAUGCACGCCAGGUUAUGUUGACCGGAUGGCAUGCAGCGGUGGAUAGGAGCCUGGGUUGGAUUGAGGCAUCCACACCUGACGAAGGAACCGAUUCUCUUCUUGAAAUGUUGUCAAAAAUGACAAAGAGCUCGACUACUGGUGAACCAAAACCAUUGUCCACUGUUGAUUCUAAUUCUCGUACAAAGGAGGAGUUCUAUCUCACCCCAGGAAAGUUUUCUUUCUUUCUGGCGGUCAGUUUGGGUACAGGUUUGCUUUUGGGGAAACAUGGACCAAAUGAUGCGACCGCGAAUUUACUAACCGGUAGGUCUGUGGUUCGAACCCGAUCUCUGCCUCUCGACUUCCCCUGUCUAGACUUGCGUGACCUGGCAGUAUCCCGUCCCUCGUGCUUCCUUCGUGUGGCAUGGCAGCUAGGCACCGAGAGGGUGCUACAGCUGAACGAUUUAAAUUUUAAUUCAUACAUGUGA